GAUGCUAAUUAGACUAGUGAUGUAUCGUGCCUCAUUGAUCCAGCAAUUCAAAAGGCACCUAGGUACACUUGGGUCGAAUUUAACCACUUCUAAAGUGUCAAUCGUCAAAUUUUGUAUCAAGUGAUUCAAUGACCAACAUGGUAGAACAAUAUUCCAUUAGGCAAUGCGCAGCGCUAUUCUCCUGCCUAUCCCAAUAAGGUCAUGGAAAUAUUAGCCCCGCGCCGUCUCCGACCUGUAGCUUUCACUAGGUAUCUAGAUACUAGUAGAUAGUGGCCAUUCAAACUCCUACAUAAACAACAAAAUCCUGCCAUUCAUAUUUCCAUUAUUACAUCGCAUUUAUUCAAGUCUCUAUUGGUCAUUUGCAAAAUCCUCCUCACUCGCUCUUGGAUUAUCAUUCUUCUUCACAGGCCCUCGCUUCUAUAUCAAACUCAAUAUGAAGACCACACUCGUUGUUGUUGCUGGUCUGGCAUCUGUCGCAUCUGCUCAGGUCACAGCUCUCAUUACCCCAACCGCAUCUGCUCCUGAUGGAUGUGCAACUAGCUAUUCUGGCGCUUUUCAGAUCUCUACCGUAAAUGUUAGCAGUGUAGCAAAACGUCAGCAAAAGCGUGCCGACUGCUCAUCAUCUCUUGCCGUCACACUUAGUGACGGUAUUCUAAAGGACCAGCAGGACAGAACGGGAUACAUUGCCUCAAACACUCAGUUCCAAUUCGAUGGCCCACCACAAACUGGGGCUAUCUAUACCGGUGGCUGGUCUGUUUGUUCAAAUGGCUCUCUCGCUCUUGGAGGUUCCUCCGUUUUCUACCAGUGCCUAUCAGGUACAUUCAAUAAUUUGUACACGGAAUCGCAGGGUGAGCAAUGCUCCCAAAUUUUGAUUCAAACAUCUGCAUGCAGCUCAGCUGCUGGGUCUGGCGUCAUUGGACAAUCAACUGAUGGUCAAGCAACUGCCACUGCCAUCACUUCUCUAUCCUCUGCAGCAAUUUCUCAAAUCUCAGAUGGACAGCCACAAGGUGCAACCUCGGCCGCUACUAUCUCUCAAAUUAGUGACGGACAAGUUCAAGCCCCUACAUCUGCUGCUGGUGCGCCAAUCACUCAGAUUAGUGAUGGCCAAGUCCAAGGUGCCACCUCUGUUGCACCAUCCCCAACAGGUGCUCCUAUCAGUCAGAUUACAGAUGGACAAAUUCAAGGCGCAACGUCCGCGGCUGCCAUCUCUUCGGCGGUGGUCUCUCAGAUUCCAGACGGUCAAAUCCAAGCUCCUACUAGUGCUGCCGCUCCUUCGGCGGUGGUCUCUCAGAUUCCAGACGGUCAAAUCCAAGCUCCCACUAGUGCUGCCGCUCCUUCGGCGGUGGUCUCUCAGAUUCCAGACGGUCAAAUCCAAGCUCCUACUAGUGCUGCUGCUCCUUCGGCGGUGGUCUCUCAGAUUCCAGACGGUCAAAUCCAGGCCCCCACCAGUGCAGCCACACUCGAAACUAGCACUUCUCUUGCAGGUGCAGUCAUCUCUCAAAUUAGCGAUGGCCAGGUUCAGGCACCUACUGCCACCCCAACGAAUGGUACCUAUUCUAGCAUAACAUCCGCCCCCGUUGAUUUCACUGGCGCUGCCAACUCUUACCAAAUCAGUGGCUCUUUGGCUGCGGCUGCCAUUGGUCUCUUUGCUGCUAUUUUGUAGAGUUCCUCUGGCACAUCAAAUAACGAGAUAAUUUUUAUUCUUGAUAAUACUUUUUAUGGUUACGAUGGAUUUAAUAAGGGGUUCUUACACGGGAUAUCGGAAUGGCAAACAAAACACCCCUUACCGCAUUUUUUGGGUCGACAGAUCACAUCAUGAUAAAUAUGAACGGGCACAGGAUGAGGCAAUAGGGGCGUAAUUAUCACAUCACAAGGUAUCAAUUUACAAAAUUGAAUAAUGGGUACAUGUUAAUAAUUGAGAAAAACUCGACAUUGCAGAUAUUUAAUUAUGAAAUGAUCCAAAGGAAUGAAUAAUGAAUCACGCAAACGGCUUAACAAUGCACUCAACAAAUUUCAAAAAUGACUUAUUCUUA